UGUUACCAGUUACAACAUGUCGUCGCUUAUCAAGCUAGCUCAACGACACCUUGAGACAUUUAAAUCUUUUGCAGUGGUAGAGCUGGUGUAGAUUUUCUGUUCAGUGUAUUGUUAAUAUUGGUGUAUGAAUAUCUAUCAAGAUUCAAGAUUAUUGUAGAUAAAUGUGGGAAGUAUUUGAAUGACAGUUUACUUCUGGUCUCCAGUCUAGGUGGAAGUUCACCGAUUUAUCGCUUGCAAUUACUUAUUACAUUGCCUGUGUUGUUAAGCGCUAUCUAUUGGAUUUUUUUCAUUGAAUUAAUUUGAAUGGAUCUUUAAUAUUGCAAUGCAAUAUAUCUGGUGUUGAUCAGCGACAUCAUUUAUAAUAAGCAAUUUGCAGAAGCACAGUGGGCUCUUAAAAAAUGAAAUUGUGAUCUGUUAUCGGAAAAAUACAUUGUCUAGUGUGUUGGUUCGUACACUUGACAAAUAAGGAGUGCUGUGAGUUUCUGUAUAAAAAAGAGGGAGAGACAUCAAUUUUAAUGAUGAACCAAUAUUAUGCAUCUUUUAAGAUGUUCACUCAGCUAGGAAAUUAAGUGACAUGAUAAUGAUGAUGGGAUGAUAAGCAUCUUUUCAGACUUUGGAGUACUGGUAGAUGUAGUUAAAUGUUUAUGAAAAACCUGUGUGGUUCGUCAGUGAAGGUAGAUCCUGGAUAUUACCUGCCCGCGAUGCCCGUGCCAGCGCCGAUGAAGAUGGAGCAAGCCUUCCACGCAGGGCCCCCGUACCUACACCACCCACACGCCCUCCAUUUUCCAUUUCUCAUGCCGCGCCCUUUCCUGCCCCUGGGGCUCCAGCACCUACCUCUCCACCAUCCACCGACGCCUAUACCCCACCGCUUAGCCCUCCCUCAGAGACCAGUUGAGCCUUACAAACCAAUGGUGAAACUGGAAGAGGAUGUGCCAAUUUUGGACUUGUCUGUGAAGAGAACAAAAGUGCGAAGAAAUAGUGAUAUGGAAGAAAGUCAUGACAUGGUGGUGGCUCAGCCUGACCUCGAGGAAGGGGCAGCAGAACAAGGUCUUGACCUGUCAUGUCCAGAUAAACAGAAUGGCGGAAAAACAUUCAAAAAAGCUUUGCUCAAUAGAUAUCAUAUGGAGACGUGUGAGCAGCAGCAGCGGAACGGUCGGCAGGUGGCCGCGGAGGCCCUUCUGUGUAUGGAGUCCCCGAGUGCGGGAACAGAGAGCAAGACCUUCCUGCAAGGCCUACUUCACCAGCAUGCCAACUCUAACGCAGUAUUACCGCCAAGCCCCGCAGACAGUGACAGCGGUGUCUCAAGUGACCUUGAGUCCCCAGAUGACAAGCUCAGAUUACAAGCGUACCUGGCCUCGCAGCACUCAUCAGGAUGUGAUGCGUCCAAGGAACAUUACUUGGCGCCAUUCUGUCAACCUCCCCCCGCCCACCAGCCCCUCCCCGCUCACUUCAACACAGCCACACAUGUCGCCAUGAGACCAGACGUGUAUAAGGGUCAACAGAGCCCAGGGCAGCAUGCGGGUCAGAUGUUCAUGUCAGAGUCAGACUCAGGCACAUCAUCAACCACACCACCAUCAUCUCCACUCAGAUGUAAAUCUAAAAAAGGAAGAAAGCCAAAGUUUCAGGAGUAUCAAGCUCAAAUGUCGACACCAAAACGGAAAAGAGAAAGUAGCACGACCUACUUAUGGGAGUUCCUACUCCAAUUGCUACAGAAUAGAGAGACGUGUCCUAGAUACAUUAAGUGGACGAAUCGAGAGAAGGGCAUCUUUAAGCUUGUAGACUCAAAGGCUGUCUCAAAAUUGUGGGGCCUCCAUAAAAACAAGCCUGACAUGAAUUACGAGACCAUGGGUAGAGCGUUAAGGUACUACUAUGCGCGAGGCAUUUUAAACAAAGUGGAUGGACAGCGAUUGGUGUAUCAGUUUGCCGAUGUGCCCAAACAGAUCAUAGAAAUAGACUGCACGAAUGUGUAGCGCCGACUGCGUGGAGGUGAAAUCUCACUGGGGACAUGAUAGGAAACAGUUGUGGGAUACCGCACACGUGCUGUUGUUGUCGGUAUCACAUGAAUUCACUUAUUCAGGUCAACAUUAAACCUAGUCAACUGUUCAUGCAGAGAUUUUCAUGUACGACUUCAUUUGAACUUGGCAUUCAUCAGUUGACACAAAUGCUCCUCCUGGAAAGUGGGUCGUUGCUUCUUACAAUGAAAUGGAAACUCAUGCAAGGGUUGACCUCACCUGUCCUCGAAAACCGGGUUGAGGUCAUAUCAGACUGUUGGCAAGGUGUAGGUCACAUUUGUGUUAACCAUGGGAACUAUGGUUUCCAUCCGUCAUAAAUGUGGUGUUUCAUUAAAGAACUGAUAAGUGGUAGUGAGUAUUGGUACUCCAUGUAUAUACGUAUUUAUGAUCUCAAAGUUAAAGAUUUGAGUUGCUGGGGUAUAAAUGUGCUAGUUUUUGUGAGCCACAUAUGCUGGACUCUUUCAAGUUCAAGUUCAACAACUUAAAGCAUAUAUCUGGACUCGGGAAGAUGUACAGAUUUUUAAGGAUUGUUAAAGUGCAACGCCAUGUGCUGUUUUUGUACAUAACAUGCAUGAGAAAAUUUUGCAUUUUGUUAAGCACAGUAUGGUAUAAAGAAGUGUGUUACAUACCUAAAAGCGUUAAUUAUGAACCAAAUAUGUAUAUACAACUUUAAAGACAUAAUACUUACAAGUAAUGCAUUGCACAGGCUUGUCAAAAUGCCAUGCUGUAAAUUUAUGGUUUAUUGUAUGAUAAAUGCCAGUAUAUCAGUCGUUUUUUUGUACAGUGUAAAGACUUUCAGUGUUUGUAUCAUAUUUAGGCGUUUUACUCAUACUCAUACCGAUAGAUAUGUGUACAUUAAGAAUAUAUAUGUCAUAUGAGUACUGUUUUAAAUGUUAUUGUCUUUACACCAUAAGUAAUCCUUGACUGUAAGCAGUUUUUUUGUAUGAUAAUAAGACAAUAAACAUGUUACAUUUCCUCGGUGCCAUAUUCUAUAGGACUUCAGAGAUGUAUGCGACGUUUGGAUGUCAGUUGUUCUGAUUUUUUUUUUAUCCAAUUCCGAAAUACUUUGUUUUUGUGGGGCACAAGCUGAUGUUAAGCUGAUGUUAAGUUGCACCUGUAAUUGGUGUCAGCAGUAAACGAAUUAUAAACAAACCUAUAACCUACAUUCCAUAGUUUAACCUUAGCUCAUGAAGUACUUUCCGAUAGGUGUGGUUCUAAACACUGAAAUCAAAAGAUCAAAGAGGGGAGUGAGACAUUUUCCAGAAGUAAUUAUUUAACGAAUGUGCAGUCAUUGUCCUCUUAAAUAUUUAAACCUUUCUUAAGUCACAGAAACUGAAAGAAACUUUUAGAUUAAUUCAAGUGCUUUGUACGAUGUUGUUACACACUGAUAGUGUGUAUAUUGUUACUGUCUGUAUAUUAUCUAUAAGUGUGACCCUCAGGAUUUUACAUAAAUUAAUGGACAGAGGGCCUAUUAUCAACGGGGGGGGGGGGGGGGGGUAAAAUAUCAAUAAUACUGUAAAUAUAUCACUCAGAAACAUCAUACAAUGAAAUGCAAUAUUCUCAUAUUCUCUUUUAUUAUUUUUGUUUGAAAAUUGGGAUUUUUUGAGGCUAUUUUUUGGGGGGGUGUGGGGGGUGGACAGGGCCUGUCCCUUGGGGAAGUAGCUCUGUAUGGAUUACAGCAAAGAAGGGUAAAAAGGCCCUAAAAACUAUUCAGAUAUAUCAGUUAAAAAAAGAGCAUAUGAUACAUGCAUUGAUAGAUAGAUAGCCCUAAUGUCCCUAAUUGUAAUAUACUCAUGGUUUCUACAGCACAGACCUCUCAAUGUACGUGUUGCAUUAUUGAUGGCCUCACCUCAAAACGCAGAAGCAACGCAGAAGCAACAAACUCCAGUUAACAGAAGCAAUAUUUCCUGUAUUUUCUUGGUAAUUUGAUAACAUAUUUUGUUUACAAAAUGCCAAAGUUACAAUUUGUGAAGUAACAAUUUCUGACAGUUCGGCAUUUUCUGUUUCUCUGGGAGAUGUCCAAUCAUUGUUCAACAUUUUGAUCACAUGAUAUAACACCAUUUUCUCAUUGGACUAUUUAUUCGAAAUUUUGCCACAAGAUAUGGCUCGCCUUUAUCAUUUUAGUGAUGUUAAAAAAAUCUGAAACCGGAAAGACAUUUGCUUCUGCAUUUUGACGUGAAGCCAUUGACAUAACAUAUAAAUGAAAUUCUCUUAGACAAGUGUGUUAAAGUGAUACUUGCACGUCACUUCGACUAUAGGUGCUACUUAAUAUCAUAAGGAACUAAUUAAAUGAAUUACUACCUGCAUGUUUUGUUAAAUGCUAUUUUCCUGCAAUAAUAGUGCUGUUUUUGCAGCAAUGAAAGGUUAAGCAUAUACAAACUGCAGUUUUUUGUGGAGUUCUACUGAGAUUUAUAGAAUCUGAAAGAAGCAUAUUGUCAAGCUUCCACGUCUUAAUGUGGAACCUUAGGGAUUGUUGCGCACUUAUUUAUGGGAGACACUUCUGUUUCUCCAGAUGUAUGUGUUCUGAUUUUGCCGAGGAAUGAAGCAGGAGAAAAUGUAGAUCAACGUUUAUAAUGAUUUUUACGGCCAGGUUACAUACCAUAAGCUAUGAGGGGACAGGAAGCUAAAUAAUUACUUUCAUUACAUCAGCAUUUUUUCGCCUUGUACCAAUUAUCUGUUCAUUAGGUGGGAAUUGAAUGGACGCUAUUAACACAGAUAGUUUUGUCGCUAUUAACACUGUUAGUUUUGUCAAGUACAGACUGAGAUGUUUUUGUUGAUUCUUGUCAUAAUUAAUAAAGUGAGUAAAUAUGCAUUAAGUGUCUCGAAGCCUUAAGAUAUGGCUGUCAUUAAACCUAAAAUUACUAUGAGACUUUCACACGAUAAAGCUAAGGUAUAACAUCAAACGAGAGGGACUAGUUAUUAAUUAGUAGGAAAUGUAAUUUUGUCAUAAUUUCAUGCUAUUCUUUCAGUCUGUAAUUUUGUAAUAAAUGUGCAAUAAAAUUAUUAAUAUUAUUAUAAGUAAGAGAUUAUCAGACUUAAACUUGAACUUACUGCCAUUCUUCUUAUCAACAUUUAACCGUUUUCAAAAUUUAAGUUAGAAACAAUAUUUUCAAAAACUGCUACUGUUUUUUUGGGGGGUUUACUCGAAUAGGGACCCGCCAUUCUUUGUUUAAAUAUUUAAUCUAACACCUGUUUUCAAAUUUAUAGGUAAAAACAAUUAUUUUUCAAAAACUGCUAUUUUUUUACUCGAAAAGGGACCUGUGAAUUCUGAAUGCUCAAUUGAGUUCUAUCCAGAUAAUCUAACAUUCCUCAAGGACAGGCUUAAAUUGUUCCUUCCAUUUUACCGCACACUGUUUUAUGUUUAUGUGGAAAUAUGAUAAAUUAUAAUUCAUUUGUGAGAUGUAAUGAUGGUUUUUAAGGUAUUUGAUGUACAAUUUAUGUCUUUUUUAUGGAUGCAUGGUGACCCUGUAUUUUUUUGCUAUUGUUUGAAAUUGUUAAAUGAGUCGAGAACGAAUAUGUUAAAAUUUUACCAAAAUAUUAAAAUCAAGCUUUCUUAGCCUAGAAAGAUUACACAAUAGGUCAGUUCUUCACAACGAUCAAUUAUUAUAUUUUUGCCAUUUAUUAUAUUACAGUAACCAGCAAGCAAUACUCUUUAAAGCUGCACUCUCACAGAUUGACUGUUUUGUCAACUUCUAUAUUUUUUGUCUUUGAAUAAACCAUUUUUCUUGUAAAUGUCUGGAAACCAGUGCUGCAAGACUGCAGACAAAAGAUCAUAUGGCUGUCUUUCAUAUUUACUUUUGAAAAUUGAUGUUUUAUAGUUAAAAGCCUUACUAACGCUUUUAAGUAAAAUAAAUUAUUUGGCAGUUUUCUAAACAAUUUAGAUCUGUUCUAUUGUGAGUUAUCUUAUGUGCCUGAAUUGAAUGCAUUGAUACCAAAAUUAGCUGAUUCUGAGACACUUAAAAAUUGUCAACGUGUGUAGCUUUAAGUUGAUACCAAACAAUGUCGGGUCACCAGGCAACAGAAUUUAAUGGUCUGAUAGAACAAGAAACUUAUUCGUAUAUAAGAUACAUUAAAUAAGAUUUUUUUCCCAGAAUGUGCUACUGGGAAUUAAAUUCAACUACUGGGAAUUAAAUUCAACAGUGAUAAUGCAUAUAACUAAUUAUGUGAGUUAUUUAAAACAUAAAAUUAGGUUAUUGUGUCAUAAAAAUGUCAAACAAAUUACACCACUUAUUUACUGCAGAAUUCUCUCAUUAAUUACAAAGUGCUAGUGGUAAUAUUUUAUCCAGGUUUAAGUCUGAACCUUCCUACAGUCUGUAUAUUACUCUACAUAUAUUUUUCACAUGUAAGCUAUUUAUACUCUGAACUUGUUAACACGCCAUGCUACUUUUUUUUUGCCUGUGGGUCCUUGAUUUAUGAAAUAAUGUUAGAUAUACCUUCUGUUCAGUUAUAUAUAUAUGUAUAUGAAUAUAUAUAGGCCAAUAGUUCGGAACUUAGUUAAAGUUAACAACGUCAUUUAUAAUAUCGUUGUUAACUUUUAAAUGUUAACUGUUUGAUCAUGUGAUCAUAUAUUGAAAUAUAUAGAAGUACAGCUGAAACAGCUGUCUUUAAUAUUAUUAAAAAAUGCAGCAGAUCACAAGUGUAUCCAUUAAACGUCCAGAGCAGAAACAAUGUAAAAGUUAACAACAAUGACGUUAACGGCGUUGUUAACUUCAGCAACGUUCUGAACAAUCGACCAUAUAUAUACAUUAAAAUUUAUAUUAGUCUAUAGCUGAUUAAAGUUGUAAAAUAUUAAAAACAAACUGGUUUGAUAAAACUACAAAAAGAUAAUUGAUGAAUGAAUAUUUGGUUUAAUUAUGACAUUAUUACAAUUCAUAAAUUAAGUUAAAAAACUCAUGAAUAUACAGGUUUUAUUAUAUAGUAGUUAUUAUAAAUUAUUGCUCAAUAUAAAGUAUGUGUGCCUAUUUGUACUUGUAUUACGAUGGUGUGGAAAAAAAAUCAGUUUCUAGCCAAUAUUUCGGUGUUUAUUAAAUUUCCAUGACUAAAUCUAAUGAACAAAUAAUAUUAUUGAUGUGUCACUUUUGUAUAAAACACCAUAGUAUGAUAUAUCUGCUAACAUUUCAAGGGCAUUUUACAUUUACAUUAUACGUGUUAAUGUUGUCUUAUAGUGAUACAGAAAGUGCCUGUAUAAUGUCUGUAACAAGUUUAAAUGUUUAGGCCUACAAAAAUAUAGAUUGGUUUCCUGACCUUCCCUGUUUUUUUGGCCAUACCCUAGAUGUUUUUAUUGCCUUGAGAAAUACAUUUUUUUCAUGUGUUUAAUUUGUAUUUAUUUAAAGUUAAAACUGAUGUGUUUUCAGCUUUUAAAAAGACCAGCGAUGCUUAAACUGAGACUCUGAGUGUAUCUAAGCAGUAAACAUAGUGUUUGGUAACAGAAACAUAUCAAACAAGAUAUUAAAAUAAAACAUAUUUUCUGACUGAUUUUUUUGUAAGAUUCAUGAAACCAGAAACAAAUAUAUUAUUUUUUUAAGCCUUAUCAAUCACUUUUUAAGGUAUCCUGUGUACAGAUAAGUUUGUCAUUUUUCAUUUUGGCAGUUAUGAGAAGUUCUGAUGCCUGGUGACUCCCAUAUUUUUUUGGUAUCAUUUCAAAGGGUAUUUUUUUCUGAUCACUAAUAUGUUCAAUGAUAUUGCAGUUAGUUUUUUUGUUCUUUAUUUCAACUGAAAUCGGAAGUGAAACGACCGAUUUUCAAUCUUUUAUGGUCAAAACUGGUUUUGGAAUAUUGUUGGGUUUAAUAUAAACAUUUCUCCUUAAACCCUUUUAAAUGUUUUCAAAAUAAAACACAGUCACAAAAACAAUUAUUUUUAUUCUUUUAAUGUCAAUAUUUAUGCGAAAAACUUUUUUUUUAAUAUUGUUAUGGGUAAAAUAUUUACAUAUCAUCUCUCUACCCAUUAAACCCUUUUAAAUAUUUCCAAAUUAAUACAUGGUCACAAGGCAUCGGAAGUUCACAUUAUUGUACCUCGGAUAUCUUAAAACUAUGAUACUUGUUUCAUGGUGUAUACAUUAUUGUACCUCGGAUACCUUAAAACUAUGAUACUUGUUUCAUGGUGUAUACAUUAUUGUACCUCGGAUAUCUUAAAACUAUGAUACUUGUUUCAUGGUGUAUACAUUAUUGUACCUUGGAUAUCUAAAAACUAUGAUACUUGUUUCAUGGUGUAUACAUUAUUGUACCUCGGAUAUCUUAAAACUAUGAUACUUGUUUCAUGGUGUAUACAUUAUUGUACCUCGGAUAUCUUAAAACUAUGAUACUUGUUUCAUGGUGUAUACAUUAUUGUCUUUAUUUAAUGAACUCUUUUUAAGUAUGAUUUUAUAAUUUUUUAGCAGAUAUUUGAAUGCUUGUUACAGACAAGUCUGUUUUUAAGUUUUGAAUUAAAUAUAUAUAUAAGCAAAUGAUUUUGUAAUGUCACAUGACAAUAUAGGUUUAAACAACUUCUCAUUAUUACCUGUUUAAUGAACAGUUUUCCGGUUUCAAUGUUACAUGUAUAUAAAGAAAGGGAAACUCUUUAGGCAGUAUUUACAACUAUUUUCGGAUAAAGUUAAAACUAUUUUGAUGGUAAAAAAAGAAUAAUACAUCUCGAGGAUAACAACUGUUUACCAUUAUUAUUUUAUCUCAAAUCUGGAAAUCUAAUGAAAUCAUGUAACUCUGUUAAAAAUGACAACAGCUGGUAUUGUAAACAGAAAAAUGCAUAAUUUAUUAUCAUAUUAACAUGUAACAAGAUUAAGUGAUGAAUUAAAGUGAUUUAAUGAAUUAUGUGCUUCUCUGAUGUAUAAAAUUGAAUAUUAAUGUUCUCCGGAGUAUACAUAUGUUGCAAUUUGGUCUAUGUUAUAACAUGAAAUUUGUAAUGCAUUUUACGCUCUACUCUGUCUAAAGUUUGUUUCUGUACAAUUUACUCUCUUUACGAAUAUUUCUUAAUGCUGUCCUAUCUUCCACUUCCAAUAUUUAUUGUUAUGUACAUAAUUAUGUUCGUUGUUAUGUUGCUCCCAAAUGUAUGAGUAAAAAAUAAAGUUAGUUGACUAUUUUUACAGCA